AUGUGGAGCGCCAUCCGCCAGGUGUUGCCAAAUGUGGAGUUGAUGGGCUGUUCCUUCCACUGGACGCAAGCCUUAUGGAGGAAGGUUAGGAUGAUAAUAAGUUUUACAAGCAUGAUAGGUUUGAAAAAAAUAACAAAGCGCAUGUGUAGCGCUAGCUAAUUGUCAACACACUUAAAAAACAAAAUCAAACAAACAUAAAAUUUUGAAAAAUCAAAUAAACAAAACAUCAGUACAAUAACACGACUUAAACAUUAAUUAACCUUUUUUCAUUUUCUUCUAGGUACAAGAGCUUGGCCUUCAAAAGGCAUACAACAGAGACCGUGGCACGUAUGAGUACACAAGAAAAAUGAUGGCUUUACCGUUCCUGCCAGCAGAAACAAUAGAAAGACGUUUCAAUCACCUCCAGCGACGAGCGACAACAAAGGCCAUGAAAACCUUUAGCCAAUACGUGAACGACAACUGGAUUAUCAACCGUACCUUCCCACCAGCAACUUGGAGCGUGUAUAUGGAAGCCGUCAGAACGAACAAUGACCUGGAGGGGUGGAACAACGCCCUCAAAACCUGA